AUGGCUGCUUCUUCUCUUCUCAGAUCUGCGAUCGUUUCUUCACAUUACUCCUCCGAUCGCUUUCAGGUACUUCGCUCAAGUAUUAAUUCAAAAUCCACGAGGUUGCAAAACAGCAUACUCGGAACUUCAUUUCCAUGUGAUCCAUUAGUCUUACAGAACUGCAAUGCCCGGAGCAUUCAGCCUAUCAGCGCUACAGCAACGGAAACCCCUCUCCCUGUACAAAAAUCAAGCAGCACUGGGAAGACAAGAGUUGGAAUAAAUGGUUUUGGUAGAAUUGGAAGGUUGGUGUUACGUGUUGCUACUUCACGGGAUGAUAUUGAUGUUGUUGCAAUUAAUGAUCCUUUUAUUGAUGCUAAAUAUAUGGCUUAUAUGUUCAAGUAUGAUUCUACUCAUGGACCAUUCAAGGGAACUAUUAAGGUUUUGGAUGACACAACUUUGGAAAUUAAUGGGAAGCAGGUUAAAGUUGUGAGCAAGAGAGAUCCUGCGGAGAUCCCUUGGGGUGAUUUCGGUGCUGACUAUGUCAUAGAGUCUUCGGGAGUUUUUACAACAUUGGAGAAAGCUUCAUCACAUUUGAAGGCUGGUGCCAAGAAAAUUAUAAUAUCAGCUCCAUCUGCUGAUGCACCAAUGUUUGUGGUAGGAGUGAACGAGAAGACAUACAAGCCCAACAUGGACAUUGUUUCUAAUGCAAGCUGUACAACGAAUUGUCUUGCUCCUCUUGCCAAGGUGGUUCAUGAGGAGUUUGGUAUAAUUGAGGGUUUGAUGACAACUGUGCAUGCAACAACAGCAACACAAAAGACUGUAGAUGGUCCUUCAAUGAAGGAUUGGAGAGGGGGAAGAGGUGCAGCUCAAAAUAUAAUUCCAAGUUCAACUGGGGCUGCAAAGGCUGUUGGAAAAGUUCUUCCCGAGCUAAAUGGAAAACUCACCGGAAUGGCCUUUCGUGUUCCUACUCCUAAUGUUUCUGUCGUGGACUUAACCUGCCGGCUUCAAAAGAAUGCCUCCUAUGAAGAUGUUAAAGCAGCAAUAAAGCAUGCUUCAGAGGGACAAUUGAAGGGAAUUCUUGGAUACACAGAUGAGGACGUUGUCUCUAAUGACUUUGUUGGUGAUUCAAGAUCGAGUAUCUUUGAUGCUAAGGCCGGGAUUGGGCUCAGUAAGUCCUUUGUGAAGCUAGUCUCGUGGUAUGACAAUGAGUGGGGUUACAGCAACCGAGUGUUGGACCUUGUAGGGCACAUGGCAUUGGUGGGAGCCCACAAUUGA